GGCCAUCGGCGGGUAGAGCGCGAGGAGAGGAGGAAAAGCGUGUUUACACAGACGGCCGCGCGCCUGGGGAAUAAUGCGCGAGGGGAAGUGAGCCGGCUCUCUGUCUGCCUGCUCGAACUUCCUGCUCGGAGCAAAGCGAAAAAAAACACACACUCACACACACACACCGAGAGAAAAAAAAUCAGGAUCCCAUUACAGUCGUACUGAGCCGAGGAGACGACAGCAAGCAUGGAAAAACAGGGCAUUUUACGGAAUACUUUCCAAUAAUUCUUGACCAGGAAAAACAAAUUUACGCACCGGCCAUGGAGAGCGCCAUCACCCUGUGGCAGUUCCUGCUGCAGCUGCUGCUGGACCAGAGCCACAAACACCUCAUCUGCUGGACGUCUAACGACGGCGAGUUCAAACUGCUCAAGUCCGAGGAGGUGGCCAAGCUCUGGGGGCUCCGCAAGAACAAGACCAACAUGAACUACGACAAGCUGAGCCGGGCCCUGCGCUAUUACUACGACAAGAACAUCAUCAAGAAAGUGAUUGGGCAGAAGUUUGUCUACAAGUUUGUGUCGUUCCCCGACAUCCUGAAGAUGGACCCUCAGGCUGUGGAGCACGGGGCCGUGUCCCUCCUCCAGGAGGCAGACUCUGACGUGGGGGAAGGGGAGGAGUCUUCCAAGCUGUCUCUCACAUCACUGAGAAGCCCUGUCCACCGUAACGAGUACCUCCACUCCGGCCUGUACUCGUCCUUCACGGUCAGCUCCCUGCAGGCCCCGCCCCCUCUCCUGCGGCCAAUCAAAGUGGAGCAACAGCGAGGGGCUGAGCGGGGCGAGGGAGAAGGGGGCCGGACUGUCAUACGAUUCGUCAACCGGCAGGAGAAAGGAGGGGCUCAGACUGUAGUGUCCCUCCCCUCCUCUCCUCCCCCCGUCUCCUCCUCCUCUGCCGACGUCUUCUUCACCUCCUCGGCCUCCUCCAAGCCCUCCCCACACUCUUCCUCUUUCUCCUCCCCCUCCCCCUCCCCCUCGCACAGUCCGGCCUAUCAGCUGCAGCCGGGGCGGAGCCCCGAGGCUGACAUGGACGAAUUAGAGCAGAACGCUCAGCCCCUCAACCUGUCCUCCAAUCACAGGGAGCGUGCUCAGUCGCAGGCUCCGCCCAAUGGACUCCCACCCAAAACCAGGAAGCCCAGAGGCCUGGAAAUCUCCUCCCCGUCAAUCCUAUUGGCUGGUAGUGACAUAGGCUCCAUCGCCCUCAAUAGCCCCGCCCUUCCUUCAGGGUCUCUCACCCCAGCUUUUUUUACUGCACAGACUCCCUCAGGGUUGUUGUUGACCCCCAGUCCCCUGCUCUCCUCCAUCCACUUCUGGAGCAGCCUGAGUCCAGUGGCCCCACUCAGCCCCGCCAGGCUACAGGGACACAGCUCCCUCUUCCAGUUCCCAACUCUGCUCCACGGGCCGCUCCCGGUCCCCCUGCCCAGCCUGGAUGGCCCAUCCUCCUCCUCCCCUCUCCUCCUAUCCUCCAGUGCAGCUCAGAAGUCCUGAACCCUGAUCCGACCUGACUGGAACACACCAACACCACCAACAACAACAACAACAGGCUGACUUGGGCCAAGCCGAAUCAAACCAAACCAAACCGAACCAAACCGCACAGCACUGGGCCAGUGUAUGAAUUCAUUAUCCAUUUAUGGGGUUGGUCCUAUUUGACCCCCUUCAUUGUAAACAAGGAUCAUUGUUGUUGUUAUUGUUGUUUUUAUUAUUGAAGCCAAAUGUAGUCCUUGCAAUCACAUCUCAAAAGGUUGAGAAGUGACAAACUGCAAAAAAAAAAGUGAGCUUUUACUGAGUGAGCUUUUGUGGGGGGCGUUGUGCAUUCCCUUUAGGCUGUUGUGACAUGAUAUGUAACUGAAGCCUACGGACACAUAAACACACACAUACUUACACACACAAAGCUACAUUUAAUUUCAGUAAGGCACACAGUCUUAAGUUCUACACAUUUCCAACAUGCACAUACAUAAUCAAAGCCAAACACAAGCUUACCAAACCACCAACACACCAAACAGACACACACACACACACAGACAAACACACACAAACAUUCUCUUACUGUGGUGCUAGUGUUGCAAAAUUCAUCUGUUUAUUUCAAACUCAAGGCACUUGAAUGUAUUGCUUCAUAUGCAAACAGCUCUCACACACACA